AUGGCGGGCGAAGUCAGGCAGAAGAUCGACCAGAAGGCGCUGGAGAAGUACAUCAGCGCCAACGUGCCGGAGAUCAAGCCUCCCCUCCAACUCAAGCAGUUCGGCUUCGGCCAGUCCAACCCCACCUACAUGCUCGAAGACUCGCAGAACAACAAAUUCGUCCUCCGCAAGAAGCCGCCGGGGAAGUUGCUCUCCAAGACCGCCCACCGCGUCGACCGCGAAUACCGCGUCAUCCACGCCCUCGAAAGCACCGACGUCCCCGUGCCGAAGUGCUUCUGCUGGUGCCCCGACGACUCCAUCAUCGGCACCGAGUUCUACAUCAUGGACUGCCUCGAGGGCCGCUUCGUCACCAACCCCGCCUUCCCCGACGUGAGCGAGAGUGAUCGAAGGGAGAUGUGGAAGGAUGCGGUGCGCACGCUGGCGAAGCUGCAUCGGGUCAAUCCGAAGGAGGUCGGACUCGAGUCGUUUGGGAAGCCGACGGGCUUUUAUAAUCGGCAGAUCAAGACUUUUGGGGGGUUGGGGAAGGACCAGGGUGACGCGAAGGAUAAGGAAAGUGGAGAGCCUGUCGGCGAGUUGCCGCACUUCAAGGACAUUACGAAGUUUUUUGGGCAGCAGAAGUAUCAGCCGAAGGAUCGCGGGGUGCUGUAUCAUGGCGACUACAAGAUUGAUAAUCUCGUCUACCACAAGACGGAGCCGAGGGUGGUGGGCAUUUUGGAUUGGGAAAUGAGUACCGUCGGCCACCCGCUUGCCGACCUAUGCAAUCUAAUCCAACCCUGGACCAUCUCCAACGCAACCCCCUCCUGGCCCCGCAUCCACGCCGACAAAGCCUUCCUCGCCCCCUCCAGCCCGGACUCCACCGCCUCCAAGUACCCGGGUCUGCCGACGCAAGAAGAAGCCGUGAAACUGUACAGCGAGACGGUGGGCUUCGACGUCCCCGACGAGGAACUCAGCUGGGCCAAGGCGUUCGCCCUGUUCCGCGACUCGAUUAUUUUCCAGGGGAUUGCGGCUAGGUAUGCGACGCGGCAGGCGAGUAGUGACCAAGCGCAGCGGUAG